AGCAAGAUGGCCGCCUGCUUUAGCCUCUAGUGGGCGGGGCGCCAUCUGUUUUCUUCGGUAGCUCGGCGCUCGCUUCUCCUGCAGUGCUUCAAAAGGUCGACACUGUGUCGAGGGGUGAGCUUCGAGCGAAACGUCAACCGUCGUCCGACAGAUUGCAGCAUUUCGUAACUCCGCCUUCGAUUAUUCACACUGCUCGGCGCGCCGGUGCUGCUGUCCGCGUGACAGACGCGUCCUGAUGUAAAGCUGCUGUCGACGCACGUCCACACGCACGACAACCUCUGCGCUAACAGCACCAACUCAGGACGGCGCUGGAAGAUCUCAAAAGCGGACUUUCUCACGCGGCGCGCCUCCGUAAGUUCCCCCCCGGAGUUUGGGCUGCUCUCCUCGUGCGGUGAGUGAUGGCGCUGAGAGCCAGGGCGCUGUACGACUUCACCUCCGAAAAUCCCGGGGAAUUGUCAGUGAGGGAGAACGAAAUUUUAACUUUGUACAGCGAGCAGGACAUCCAAGGAUGGUUGGAAGGAGCGAACAGCCAAGGGGAGAAAGGACUGUUCCCCGCGUCCUAUGUGGAGAUCCUCAGAGGAGACAACACCUGCAGCCCAGCUGGAGGCUUCGAACGCCCCUCAGAUAACUCCACUGUAGUGGACAACUACUACAAGUCGUCACCGCCUGAUCUUUCUGUGCCACCUUCUGCACAGCAGCAGCACACUUAUCAGCAGAUCAGUCCAGGGAGUGAUGAUGACUGGGAUGAUGACUGGGAUGACAGCUCCACGGUUGCCGAUGAGCCUAGAUCUGGAGUUGGGAGACACCGCGAUUUUGAUGGAAAUGGUGCGUCCACUUACCGAUUGUCAACCUCCUCGAUGAUGAGAGGAGGCAAUGCACAGCAUGCAAAGAGCUCAGCCACAGUCAGUAGAAACCUCAAUAGGUUUUCAACCUUUGUGAAGUCUGGAGGAGAAGCUUUUGUUCUCGGGGAAGCUUCCGGCUUUGUGAAGGAUGGGGAUAAGCUUUGCGUGGUGAUGGGUCAGUAUGGUCCAGAGUGGCAGGAGAACCCAUACCCCUUCACUUGUACUAUUGAUGACCCCACUAAACUGACUAAAUUCAAAGGUAUGAAAAGCUACAUCUCCUACAAACUGACUCCCACCAACACUCAGAACCCGGUAAACAGGCGGUAUAAGCACUUUGACUGGCUGUACGCUCGCCUGGUGGAAAAGUUCCCUGUCAUCUCUGUGCCCCACAUCCCAGAAAAACAGGCCACCGGGCGUUUUGAGGAGGACUUCAUCUCCAAGAGGAGGAAAGGUCUUAUAUGGUGGAUGAACCACAUGACCAGCCACCCCGUCCUGGCCAGGUGUGACGUCUUCCAGCACUUUUUGACCUGCAACAGCACAGACGAGAAGGCCUGGAAGCAAGGCAAGAGGAAAGCCGAGAGGGACGAGAUGGUCGGGGCCAACUUUUUCCUCACUAUCAGUACCCCGGCAGCUCCUCUAGACUUUCAGGAGGUUGAGAGUAAAAUAGACGGAUUCAAGACUUUCAGUAAAAGAAUGGACGAUGGUGUCUUGCAGCUCCAUGCCACCAUCAGUGAGUUUGCUCGCAAGCAGAUAAGUGGUUUUAAGAAGGAGUACCAGAAAGUGGGGUUUUCCUUCAAGGUCCUCAGUCAAGCUUUUGAGAUGGACCAGCAAGUGUACUCUGGAGCACUCAACCAGGCGAUCUCCUUCACUGGGGAGGCGUAUGAAGCCAUCGGAGAGUGUUUUGCUGAACAGCCCAGCAAGGAUCUUGAUCCAGUCCUGGAUUUGCUUGCUCUUUACCAGGGCCACUUGGCAAACUACCCAGAUAUUAUCCAUGUCCAGAAAGGAGCACUAACAAAGGCCAAGGACAGCCAGAAGCAUGUGGAAGAGGGCAAAACGGACCCGGAACAGGCAGAGGGCAUCAACGAGCGCUGCAACAUCAUCUCUUGUGCCACACUGGCCGAGAUCCAGCACUUCCACCAGAUCCGGGUCCGUGACUUCAAGGCACAGAUGCAGCACUACUUGCAGGAGCAGAUCGCCUUCUUCCAAAAAGUCACAGGCAAGCUGGAAGAAGCCCUCCAGAAAUACGAUAAUGUCUAAUCCACUGGAUUUGACUUUGCUGAUUGGUGACUAGUCACCUCCCUCAGCCAGCCCAGAGGACCCAGAGUCAUCCGUCAUAAAUGCUGCACAUUCAGCACAAUGGAACAUUGAAGGAGAUAAUGCUCCACUAGUAAAUUAUCAGCGAGAUACACAUUUUUAUAUGUUGGCCACAUGUUUUCGGGACUGGCUGUUCUUUAUUAAUAAGGAUGUGUUUUACAGUCAAGGUGGUAACUUUUAAAUAUCAUUUGUCCAUAAAGAUGCAAAGUUUUCUUGCCUUUACUGUUCACAAGGAUUAUUGAUCAUGCUGGUAGGUCCAGAGAGUGGGUGAAAAGAUUGCUGAAACAGUGCAGUGGUGGCCCAUCUGUAGAGGGUGAUAGUGUACUUAACCUUCUGAGAAAAUGUGUUUUUCCGUCAUGGUCAUUUUUAAAACUAUUUUCUCACUAUUUUUAGUAUUCAUGUGUCUGAAUAACUUGUAAUAUAGUUUUAAAAAAUAAUUGUUGGGGGGACGGGGGGUAAAUAUACACAACCUAGCAAUCGCUUUCAUUUUAACUCAUAUCUGAGAGAUUAUCGUUUACUUUGGGUUAAUAUGAGAUUAAAUAGAUAUUUUUACCACAGCUAAUAACAGAAUUGUAACUAGUUGGCGUUGACCAACCGGAGCUAUGAAGGAACCGUAAUGUUAUUGGAUCAGCAGAGAUGUGGCGCUAGCUAAUGCUGUAUUCAUGCAUAACCCAAAUUUCCAACUUCAUUUUCAGAAACAUUUACAGUUU